UAGGGCUCAGUGCAUGCCAUCACAACAUGUUUAGUGUAAUCUUUAAUCUCUAGGGUGAUUAUGAGUGCCUAUACUUGCAAUGUUUAAUACUGCCACUGUGAUAUAAAGUGUGAACAUCAUUGCUUUGCAUGCGCGCGCCAUCUCUCUCUCUCUCUCUCUCUCUCUCUCUCUCUAAUAAGAGGGUGUAGAGUCUUUUUGCUGUAUGUUAACCGAUUGGCUGUUUCUUAGUCCUGUGCUAGCUCUACGGUGGAAUAGUCUAUUUCUAGUCUUUACGCGCAUCUGGACGUGACUCUCCCCGCGUCAAACCCGAUCAUGAGGUCUCCGAGGGUCUUCAUCGGUCUACGGAGCUGCUGGAUCACCGACGGGAUCCGGUAAUACAAACGCCCCGCUCCGUUCCCCCUCACACCCACGCGGACAGAAUCGGGUUCUGCGCACUUGGCGCUGCUGCUGCAUUCACUCUGCCGCGCGCGUCCCGGUUCCGCGAUGGUUCCGCGUCGCCUGCGCGUCUGAUGACUCCUCCAGCACCGGCAGCAGCAUGUCCUCGCGGAAGAUUUCCUCCGAAUCCUUCAGCUCCAUGGGCUCGGACUACCUGGAGAGCCCCGGGGAGGACGGCGAGUGCCCGUUCUCGCGCGUCUUCUGGAACGGCCGGAGCCCCGUGGAGACGCUCUCGUGUCCGUUCGAGGACGCGGCCGUCAGCAGGAGGCUCGCCCGGCGUAAACGCGUCAAUCUGGACUCGCUCGGGGAGAGUUUGAGACGCCUCACCUCACCGACGACGCAGACAAUUCAGCUGGCCCUGCAGAGAACAAUGGAGUUUUACAGACAGAAGGAAAUAAGUGGACAAGAGUUUGUAGGAAGCUUGUCAGACGAGCAGAAGUGUUUGUUUGAGAACUCUCGCUGUGACAGCCAGACAGACAUCUCAGGAAUACUGAAAUACACAGCAACUAUUUUAGGCAUGGACUUUGCCGACAUCCGUGGCCGAUUCGGGGAGGAAUUCUUCGGUUUGUGUCUGGAGGAGAACGAGAGGGUUCUACGAGCUCUCGGUGGAAACCUGCAGGACUUCUUCAAUGGUUUCGACGCUCUUCUAGAACACAUCAGAACAUCCUGCGGCCGCCGAGCGUCGUCUGAUGCUCCUUCUUUCCUAUGCAAAGACUCUCCCCAGGAGAGCGAAGAGACGAAUGCGGAGAGCGGUGUUGGACGGACUCUCCUCCUCCACUGCUUCAACCCUGACCCUACUGUGGGCGUGGCCAUGCCGGGCUUAAUCCGGGCCGCCGCUCGUCGCAUCUACCAAUCGGAUGUCUCGGUGGAGGAAGCUCCUCCCACAUGGCUGCACACAGCCAAUGAGGACGGAGAGCUCUCGACGGACUCCUCCCCCUCUUCAUCCCCAUCUCCGCCCUCAUCUUCAUCUCCUGCCUGUUUGUCCUUCCUCAUUCGAGAGGUCCGGACUCAACCCACAUCCUCGUCCUCGCAAACCGCCGCCGGAUCUCGUCAGCUGUCGCGCUCGCCGCUGGAUUUGCGCAUCGGUCUGAGCACGUUUUGCCGGGCCUUUCCCUUUCACCUGGUUCUGGGACCCAACAUGGAGGUCCUGCAGGUCGGGGAGGGGUUUCGGAAACAGGCCAAGAGCGAGCCGCACCGGACGCUCACCUUCAGCACCAGCUUUGAGCUGGUUUCUCCCAGAAUCCCCUGCUCCUUCCAGAACAUUCUGCUCCGGCUGUCCACGCCGUUCACUAUUCGUACACGACCUGAUGGAUCAGCACUCGACAGCAGAGAGAAGGUGAUGGAGCUCAAAGGUCAGAUGCUUCACCUCCCGGAAUCCAACUCCAUAAUGUUCCUGGGCUCGCCGCGUGUUGAUAGGCUGGAGGAGCUCAUGGGGCGGGGCUUACAUCUGUCUGACAUCCCUAUUCAUGAUGCCACACGUGAUGUCAUUCUGGUUGGAGAACAGGCCAAAGCUCAGGAUGGGCUGAAGAAGCGCAUGGAUAAACUCAAAGCCACGCUGGAGAAAACCCAUCAGGCUUUAGAGGAGGAGAAGCGCAGAACCGUCGACCUGCUCUACUCCAUCUUUCCCGGCGACGUGGCUCAGAGACUCUGGCAGGGGCUUCCCGUUCAGGCCAAGAAGUUUGAUGACGUCACCAUGCUGUUCUCUGACAUCGUGGGCUUCACGGCCGUGUGCGCGCAGUGCACGCCGAUGCAGGUCAUCAGCAUGCUGAACGAGCUCUACACGCGCUUCGACUACCAGUGUGGCAUCCUGGACGUCUACAAGAUUGAGACUAUCGGCGAUGCGUACUGUGUGGCAGGCGGGCUCCACAGGAAGAUUGACAGCCAUGCUAAGCCAAUCGCGCUCAUGGCGCUGAAGAUGAUGGAGCUGUCAGAGGAAGUGCUGACGCCCGACGGGAAACCAAUCAAGCUGAGGAUCGGGAUCCACUCGGGAUCAGUGCUGGCUGGAGUGGUCGGUGUGAAGAUGCCACGCUACUGUCUGUUUGGAAACAACGUCACGCUGGCCAGCAAGUUUGAGUCGGGCAGUCACCCGCGCUGCAUCAACGUCAGCCCAACUACAUACCAACUCCUGCGUGACGAGCGCACAUUCACCUUCAUCCCUCGCUCCCGGGAGGAGCUUCCCGACAACUUCCCCAAAGAGAUCCCGGGAGUCUGCUAUUUCCUGGAGGCGGGGAAAAACCCGAGCCACGCCUCUCUCACCAGCACUCGCUCCGCCCCCAUCCGGAAAGUGUCCUAUAACAUUGGGACCAUGUUUCUACGGGAGACUAGCCUCUGAGACGGCCCCGCCCAUUUGCUAUGACAUCACGUCCUGGAGACUAGUGUUGCCUGUGGCAACUGUUGGCCCCGCCUCUCGCCCCAGAGGCGUGACACGGAGAGGGUGGGGAGGACGGUCCCGCCCCUUUAUAGGAGCCAUGGAUAAUUGUGUUCUGAAAUACAAUAAAAACUAAAAUAUGUAUAUAUAUAUAGAUAUAUUUAAAAUAAAGCCUUCUGCUCAACGGCAUAGCCAAACUUUGAUGGUGUACACAUGGAAAUACUACAGACAAGCUCAUGUAAACACACAUUUCUUGCUGCAUUGCAGGUAAUAGAUUUAACAUGCAUAACUUUGGUGCCUUUACUUCCCAUACACAUACAUGAACACACACACCACAAACAUGCUCUGCCAUUUUAGACGCCGCCAUUAACCACUGUUAAAUUCUUUGUGUUUGUUUGUUUGUGUGUGUGUGUGUGUGUGUGCUAAUCCUCUAUUAACCAUUGUUAGAUUGCUUGUGUGUGUAUGUGUGUGUGUGUGUGUUCUACCAUUAACCACAGUAAGAUUGUGUGGAAGUGUGUUUGGCCUCCAGUUUGUGUGUGUGAAUUUGUGUAAAGAAGACUGAGGUCGUUUCGCCCUUCUCACAUCUGAGGCAUGUGUUUAUAUUUUGGCUCCCAUAUUCGUAGCAGAAAAGAAAGUGCAGAAUAUGCACCAUUCACUUAAAUUAAUAAUUGAUCCAAAAAAUUACAAUUUGCUGAAAAUUCAUUCACCCUCAGGCAAGCAAAGAAGUAGAUGAGUUUGUCUCAUCAUCAGAUUUGGAGAAAUGUAGCAUUGCAUCAGUGUCUCGUAAAUGGAUGCUCUGCAGUGAAUGGGUGCCGUCAGAAUGAGAGUCCAAACAGCUGAUAAAAACAUCACAAUAAUCCAUAGCACUCCAGUCCAUCAGUUAACAUCUGGAGAAGACAAAAGCUGAGUGUUACAAAUGUGGCUUGUAAAUGGUGCUUCAUUUUUGCAGAUUUCCCUCCUGAUUCAGAACAGAUUAUUUUUUCACUAGAGGAAGCAAUAUAAUGGAUCAUGGACUCAUAUUUUUGCUGGAAACAGCUUUUGUCUUCUCCAGAUGUUAACUGGUGUACUGGAGUGCUGUGGAUUAUUGUGAUGUUUUUAUCAUCAGUUUGGACUCUCAAUUUGACGGCACCCAUUCACUGCAGAGCAUCCAUUGGUGAGACACUGAUAGAAUGCUACAUUUCUCCAAACCUGAUGAAGAAACAAACUCCUCUACAGCUUGAAUAGCCUAAGGGUGAGUAAAUGAUCACCAACAUUAUUAACAAUUCUUUUAGUCAACAUUAUAAGUUGCAAUACAGGUGUUUUCUUCUUCUUGAAGCAAUGCAAAAUGCUGUUUGAAAAAAAAUGUCUGUAAUGCUUGAUGCAAGGCCAUGAAAGAAAUAUUUUUGUUCAGUAAAUUUCUACUUAAUCUGGAUUAAAGAUGCACUUUGGGAACCAUGUAGAUUAAUAAUUAUUUGUAUGUAAAUGUAAAUGUGAUUCAAAUAUUCAUGCAAAACUUUAUAUUAGUUCUUAAAAGUACAUUCUCGGUCACCAUUUAAUAAUUCAUACGUGAUAGGUGAUACUGAAUGAAAAACUUGUAAUAUCAGGACUCACUUUUAUGCAGCAGAAAACAUGCUGUAGAUGUGUGAAACGGUGUGUGUGUGUGUGUGUGUGUGUGUGUGAGGUCACAGGAAGGUACAUUAUAACGUCAACAUUCAUUUCAAUCACAUUUGAUUCAAGAUCACAUCCUGGCAUGUCAGUCAUUUUUAUCAGGAUGCCAAUAAAAUUCAUUGAUUGAACUUU